AUGGCUAUCCCUUCGCGACCGCAAUUGUUUUUUGGAGAACCUGCACCAAGGUCAGCCUCACACACAAAAAUGACAAAGUUAACUUUUGAGCUUUUUCCAAUGUUCUUUUAUCCCCUGGUGAGCCAUUCCCCCCGAGCCCUCAUGCGAUUUCUGGAUCGUAGUCUGAGUUAUCAUUACAAAGAAGCAGAAAAAGGGGAAGGAUGCAGCGCAAGAAUAAGCGCCAGUUCCAUACUUAUGGAGCGACAGCUAGUUGUCACUGUAUAUUUGGGCAUCACUAGAUGGCUUAUCUACGGAAAAGCUUGCAAAUUCUAUAAAUCUUGGAAACUAAAGUUUAUAAUUUGGUCCGUGCGGACAUUUCGUAAUCUGCGCCGGGAGUUGGGGCGCGGCAGUGUAGUGCUGAGUACAGGUUUGAGAAAGACGAUUUUCGAGGCAUUGCAUGGUAAAAUUAGCCGUUGCCAUCGGCUAGCCCCGGGUUCGAUUCCCGGCCGAUGCAUUAUAUUCAAAUUCAUUUUUGCCUUUCUUUUGUCUCGGUGCGAUAAUAGAAUUCGAUUCUACCUGGCACCACCUGAGGUCACCUUCUUACUGCAUAUCGACACACGCAGCAGACAAGAAAGAAGACAGCGUCCUCCUAACGCUUUAACGGACUACUUCAAUCGGGAAAUUAUCAAAAAGAGUUUAAAAUCACAUUCAACUGGAGGAACGACUUAUCAGACGAUCACGAAUCAGCAACCUAAUUCUGCAUCACAAGGUAGCUUUCCCAUUUUGCUUGCCGUCUCUACAGUCGUUCCCAGGUGUUACAUUUCUAAUGGGCUGAAGCGGCGAACCCCAUUUAAUGCAUGCAUGUACUCAUUCUGUCUCGUUGAGCAGGCGCCUGUACAACCUUCCGAAUUUCAGGUGUCUCCCUCUCGCCUCCUCAUUCAAGAUUACUUUAUUCUCACAACAACAACCAUCUCCUCAUGUGGGAUCUGUUUUAUCGUCAAAAUAAUCGAAAUGGAAGCAUUUACAGCCCCAAAGAAACCCGCGAGCCAGCCAAUGGUCAUCCGAUGGAAACAGAAAAGUUUCGAAGUCUGGCAAAGUGUGCCUCAAGAUGUCUACAAACCCACUAAUGCGAGACUAGCAGACGACAAGGAAUUGCAAGACUGCACCAGACUGCACCAGACUCACUCGAAUCAAUACUUAGCCGGCGUAGAUAAUUUGAAAGUCCAGAGAAAUGGGGAACAUUUGGAAGAAUCACACUAUAUAAUGGAUAAGAUGGACGGUCCAACUACGAUGCAUACCGUCACUGUAAUGACGGGGCUCCACGCUGCUCCGCAAUCGCAACCAAAAAGGUACGAAGAAUCAACCAACGGCAGAUUCAUGUGUAGGAUAGUAUAUAUUCCUAAAAAAGUGAGUCAAAACUUAACAAACAAGAUGAACGAGCUCCUAGGCAAGAUCAGAGAUAUGCAUAUAGGGAGUUAUAUCGACAAAGGCCCCGAAGGACAAGUGCCAAUCGACCGGAAAGACGACGUAAGGGAUGACCCGCCAAUGCAGACCCAAUUACUAACGAGCGAGAAGUUCUUCAUUGAAACAUUUUCUCACCCCUUAGGCUGGCGACAGAAUAUUGGUCAUCAUCAACUACUUCUUCUAGAAGCCAAGAGAUUUCCUCAAGAAGUGUCUCAAAGGUAUAAUGCGAUCAGCUUAGCUUCCCUUCAUGAAGGGCGGAUUCCCGCGUUAGGACGUUUUAUUCUCAUCGACGGCUGCAAUGAAUUCAAACUCAAUGAUCCAACGAAGCUAAGCUCAUAA